AUGCGAUCACCACCAAUCGAUCUGAAUACACUCUCGACGGAAUUGCAUAAAAUUGCACAAGCCAAGACGAAAUUGGAAGAUUUCACGGUGAAGCGCAACGAACUAUUAGCUGAAUUAGCCGAUUUUCAGCAGUCUAAAAAAUUUAUCGAAGAGACACAAAAAACGAUCAGUGAUUUAAAUGAAGAAAAGGAUGCCCAUAGCGAAAUUAUCCAACAAAUUAAUAUGGAUAAACAAGAGUUGGAAAAAAUUAUGAAUUCAGCUAAGCAAGAAAAGCGACAAAUGGAGGAAAGUAUUAGUCAGAAGUAUGAGGAGAUAUUUCGAUUGCUGGAACAGACGAAUGAGUUAUCGCGGGAAAGUGGCAUUAGUGAAGAAGAUCUCAUUUCACCAUCAAUUAUACCACCGAAUAAAAUCGCUCCGAAUAUUUCACCUGCUGGGUCAUUAGCUGCUACAAGUACAGGUAUACCACCUCUAUUGCGUCAUUUUAAGGUGAAUUCAGUACCAGCUGUUGUACAGCGUGCCAUGUUUAAUUUUGAUUCCAUUCUACUGCAAGCAGCAGCACCAACAAUGGGACGACCGCCAACUAUGCAUCAUGCUUUCCCGACUAGUUCAUCACUUGCCAAAGUUGACCAUCAAUCACCGCCCAUGAAGACAUGUCAGUCCUGUUUCCAACAAAUUCAUCGUAAUGCUCCUAUAUGUCCAAUGUGUAAAAGUAAAAGUCGAUCAAAAAAUCCGAAAAAACCGAAGAGAAAGGUGACAGAAUAA